UGAAGGAGCCUGGCGGUAGCAGGAUGGGGAGGCGGCGGCGGCGUCUGGUGGACCCUGCGCCUAAGGGCGGGUCAGGGAACCUGCCCGAGGUCAUCGCCGCGCUGAGUCGGUCGCUGCCUGCUGGGCCCAGCCCUGAGACCUUCCGCCGCGCCAAGUUCGACCGUCCAGAGGCGGCCCCCGCCCUGUGGCGGCUCCUUUUCUGUGUGCUCUCGCCUCUUUCCACAGAUGCCUCUUCGGCCUCGCUGGCCCCGGAGACCCAGGCCUGCUUGGUGAAAUCGGCGCUGCGCUCCCAGGGAUAUCCGAGGCUGGCGUUGGCACAACUCCCUGAGGACGGCUCCCGAGGCAGUCGGGAACUGCUGCUGGCCCUGUCCUGGCUCCUGGCCCGAGGACCUGUGCUAGAGAAGCUCCUGGCUCAGGCCCACGUGCAAGUGGGUGAUGAGAUGCCUGUGUGUGAGUGUGAGGCCCUGGUCAGCCCUGGUCCCAGGGCACCUCAUGUAGAAGCAGAGGAUCCUGUGGACAUCCGCUGUGUGCAGUGGCUGAUGGGAAGGCUGCGGUUCCGGUGGCGAUGCCUGGCUGCCAGUCAGCAGGAACAGUGCACUCUCCUAAGCAAGAUCCACUUGUAUACCCGUGGUUGCCAUAGUGACCGAAGCCUCGGCCAUCUGUCUGUUGCUGAAACAGAGAUGCUCAGGGACCCAGAGGUUGGCCAGCAGCUGCUGCAGAGGCUGCAGUGUGAGAACACACGCCUGGAGGCAGCGCUAGAGUGGCAGCGCGGUGAGCUGGUCUUCUGGCGAUGGAUGGACACGGUCCUAGCAGCCUGCUCCCCAGAGGUCCCAGCUGCGGACGCACAGCCCACCGUUCUGCCCAGGAUCCCUGAGCAUGGGGUUGGCGAGUUGGAGCCCAUAGCGCAGGAGCUGCGGGCGCUGCAGGAGGAGCUGUGCGAGGCUGCAGAGCAAAGGCGAGAGGCCUGGGAGGCCAAGGUGGGAUGCCAGGGCCAGGGGCCUCAGUGGAGUGCUGCACGGCAGGCCCUGCAGGCAGCCGUGGGACAGGAGCUGGCAGCCCUGCAGUGGACCUGGAAGCGAGACAGGGGCCCAGCUGAGCCCCACGGGCCCCAUCGACUGGUGAGAUGUGAGGAGGAGGCACCUAAGGGCCAGUACCUGCGGGCGGCCGAGGUGAUCCAGGCACUGAGGAGUCAGGAGGCCUGCCUGGAGGCAGCGCUGUGUCGAUUGCAGGGACAGUGUCGGCAGGAGCUGACCAAGCUGGUGGGAGCUCUGCCUGGCCUCAUCUGGAUUCUGCCGCCUGGACACUAAGUGCUGCCAGGCACACUCUCCCUGUCAGAACUCUCCCUGGCCUGGCCUGGCUGGUUUUGAAGGAGCAGAUUCUAGAGCCAAGUGGCCCCAAGGACAGGGCAAACUUGGAGCCCAGCCCAUGAGCUUACCCCAGGGCUGGGGCUCUUCUGACUUUGUUCAGAGCCCAGGCCCUAGGCAGCAGUACUAGGGUAGGCUGGGCUGUCCCCUGAGUAGGUCAUUAUAGAUCUGGGGGGUGCUCAGAUGUGCCCUUCCUGUGCUGCUUUGUCAGGUUUUGCUGUGUUGGGAAGAGGCCCUGUGCUGCUUUGUCAGGUUUUGCUGUGUUGGGAAGAGGCCCUGGGUGCGUGGUGAGGACUAGACAGGGUGAGUUUCAGGGGACCCAUCAUGGCCUCUAUUGCAUGUCCCAGCUCCAGGCUGUGAGCACAGCCUCUUCCUCUUGUCUGGGCCGUGGAUGUGCCUGGUAUGUGUGCUGAAGGUGCUAUGUGCCCUGAGUAGCUUGGCGCCAUUCCUGGAGGUGGUGUGCUGGGCGAGAGGGAGGCCUCAGGCUGGACAGAGGAGCUUUGUUUAGGCUGCUCAGCUAGCCCUGCUCAGCCCUGACAAAGAGGCAUCUGUGUUCAGGGGAUGUGCCCUCCGCCUGGCGGAAGGAGGCUUGGCUCCUCAGUACUCCCCAACCCCCACUGGUAGGCACAGUCAGUCCCUUGGUUAGGCCCUGCCCCCUCACCAAGCUCCCCUCUUUCCAGGGCUUUUGAACUCUGACCCGAUGCUGGCAGGUGAUGGGGCCUGUUGGGCCCCCUGUACCCUCCUGCCAGCUCAGGACUGAGACCACAUCCAGCCCCUGGGCACCCAGGGCCCCUCUGCCAGGACAAUGUCUUGGGGGGGGCUUUUCCUGCUUUCCUGGAAGUAUGUGCUGGAGCAACAGUUCACAACGGGGGCAGCAGCUUUGGUCUCUGCCCGUCUAGGCUCCUUGGUCCCUGGAAGUAGGAAUAGCCGAGUGCCUCUGCUCUGCCCACUGGUCCCAUGAGUGGGCCUCAGGAGCACCAGCUGGACUGAGAGUCCAUGUCAGGGGCACAUUCUAGGCCCUUUCAUGGGGCUGUCCCCAGCAAGUCAGUGUCCCCUGAGUCCUUCUGCCCUCCAGUCCUUCUGCCCCUAGGCCUCCCUGAGGCCCCUGCUGCUCCACUAUUGGCUCUAGCUCUGGCUUGGGACAUGGGACCUUGGCCUCUGAAGGUCCUUCCUUCACCCAUCCUCUGUUUGCUUUGUUUCCCUGUUUUUUGUUUGUUUUUUGAGACAGUCUCAUCUCACUCUAUCAUCCAGGCUGGACUUGCACUCCUAUCUUCUAGUGAUCUAUCCUUGGCCUCCCAAAGUGACAGAACUGCAGGUGUACUAACAUGCUUGGCAUCAGCCAUCCUCUUGACCACCGGACAGGCCUCCUCUUGUGCUGGAAAUAAGUCUGUUUAAUGCCCCCUGCUUUCUGUGAACUGCAGGCAUUCUGGGUCUGUGGGAACUUGAUAUUUAGAAACUCAAAUGUGGGCUCAACAUUGUGACCUGUGGAUUCAAUGAGGACCUAGUCCAGACCCCACGUGUGCACCUGUUACUGCAUGGCCAUGAGGGGUCACUCAGCCCUGGAUCAGCCCACAUUCCUUACUCUGUGUCCUGCUGGUCACCUCCAGGCUGUUGGCAGAGGUACUCUGGUCUCCAUAUGAGUGGACGCUGUGGUUGACUCCUUACAGCUGCCCUCUGACACUUGGCUGCCUUCCUCCUUUCCUUUAGGAGCACAUGGGAUUCCACUGUCCCCCACACCCCAUGACUUUCCUAUCUUAAGGUAAGCAGCAGUGUUAGUUCCUUCUGUCACAUGACAUGACACCAGGGUGAGAUCCUGCCCACCACCCCAGAGGAGUGGUCCAGCCUGAGGCUCCGUGCACAUUGAGAUAGCAGGGGCUACAGUGGUGCUGUGCCUUGGGCAAACCAGCAUCUGCAUUGGGACAGUAAAGCCAGUUCCCCAAGAAGAUAGAAAGGCUAACCCAUCCUUCCAGGAAAUAGCAGAGGGUCAGUUACGGAGUGACUUCCUGAGGCCAGAAUGCUGACUCAAAAGUGUGAUAAGUUUGACACCAUCAAAACUAGAAACUUAAUUUUUAUUAAAAGAUGCCAUUAAGAAUACAAGCUGGGCAUGGUAGCUCCUGUCUGUAAUCCCAGCACUUUGGGAGGCUGAGGUGGGAGGAUCAUUUGAGUCCAGGAGUUUGAGACCAGCCUGAGCAAUAUAGUGAGACUCCAUGUCUACAAAGAAAUAAGAAUUAGCUGGGCAUGGUGGGUGCCCAUAGUCCUUACUACUUGUGAGGCUGAGGCAAGAGGAUUGCUUGAGCCCAGGCAUUUGAGACUACAAUGAACUACUAUGAUGCCUGGGCAGCAGCAGGAGCCUGUCUUAAAAAAGAAAUGGAAAAGGAAAGUAACAGCCAGAGUGGAGGAAUAAAUUUGCAACAUUUGUACCAAAUUGGUAUUGUGAAAAUAUACAGAACUAGAUGUUAUUAUGAAAAUGAUAAACAAGUGAAGGAGAAGGGCAGAUGUGCACAGAAGAGGAAACAAGUCACUUUCACUGUCUCAGGGAAAGGCAAGCCACGUUGGGGGAGGGUUCCCGUGGCAUGUUGGGUGGGAGAGAUCCCUGGCUGUGCCUGGCCUGUGGACUGGAGGGCGCCUGGGCUGCCUGGGCUGCCUGGACUUGUGCUGCGUGGGUGUGCAGGGCAGCACAUCUGUGCAGCAAGGACUGGAGACGGCCAUAGUGUCCAGCCACAGGAGAGCGGGUGUGUGUGCCAUAGCGAUGGUUACAGCAGUGUCCAGUGUCACAAGACAACAUGCAAUGAGGCCGUUAGAAAGCAAAGCUGCCAUAAAUUGGGCAGUAACAACAAGGGCACAGGGUGGAGAGACUGCGGGGGAUGCACAGGGGUCCCAGGGGCUCCUGCUGUGGGUGGCUUUUUGUUAUGGUUCAUAACGUCUGUUCUCUGGGUGUAACAAAUAUUACAUUAAAAAGAAGAGCCAAUUACGUGUGCCAGAUGUGUCACCACAUCUGUACCAUUAUGUUGCUCUCACAUACAGUCCCCUUGCUUUGUCCAGUUCUAGCAUCUU